CGUUGUGGAGGAGAUGUGGCCGGUAAGGUGCCCCACCCAAAUCGAACCGAACCGGGCCGACCAAGCGGCAUCGCAUGGAUUUCAGCUCAAGUGCUUCCCGCGCCGUUGCAGGUGACCCGCCGGUGUGGCCGAUACCACAUUUUCGUAAGCUUUAUUUACGUUCAGCAUAACGGCUGCGUGCAAACGACACACCGUGACAAAGCUGUGAUCAAACAAUUUCACUCUAUGGUGUAUAUAAAGCCAGCGACAAUUGGCCGUACUGCAUCAUUCACAGUACUUAGUGCAUCGUGCGAUCAUCAUCAUCAGCAGCAGCAGCCGCACCAGCUCCCACCCAAGUCCAAAUUACUACAAAGAUGAAGCUUCUGAUUGUGUCCUUUGCCCUGUUCGUGCUGGCCGUGGCGCUCGUGUCCGCGCUGCCAGCCGUGAAUGAUGAAUCCAUCCUCGGUGGCGAUGUGUACGAGGCGGAAGUGGACAGUUUCAACCCGCAAGACCCGCAAGCCUUCCUGAAGCUGAAGAAGCUGAAGAAACUGCUGUUCCUCGGUUAGAUCCUCCCCCUGUGGAUACUGUGCUCGCGAUGAAACCGUUAGGAGGUGCAAGCUCUGCAAAAGCCAUACAUCAACUCUGCCUUGUGCCGCAUUUCCAUUUUAACGCAAGAUGUCAUCCUUCCAGAGCACGUAGAACCUAAGUUUGAUACUGUUUUAUUUUUUUCAGUGUGUGUUUUCACAAUAUCGCCCACCUUUACACGUUUUUUUAAAUAUACACUUUUAUGUUGUUAGCGUGUGA